AUUCCUUUUUGACCUUCGCAUUCGUUUCGUUGGGGACGUCUUUCAUUUUUGUUUCCCAGGCAUGCGUGUCGUAAUAGCCGUGGAGCACAUUAAAGUUGGGAAGUUUUAAAUUAAAAAUGUCGCGUAAUCUUGUAUUAUAUUUCUCAAAUUUCUUGCAAAGAUUGGAGUCUUUGCUUCCAGCCAUAUUUCCCCAAGGCUCCUUGCCACCAGCAUUUGCUGUAGCCGGCCUACCCUCAACAUAUGAUAAAAUCACCAGGAAUCAAACUCCCUCCCGAUCUCUGAAAGAUAUCAUUGGUGAUGGUAUCUUAUGGGCUGUACCCAAGCAUCGGCGUACGGUGGAGAAACGUUUAAAUCGCAAAUUUGGCUAUCCCGAAUACAAUUGGAAAUUGUUGCGCGUCAAGACUCAUUUGCGAUCGUGCAAUCAAUGUGGUCAUGAUUACGAAGCUGGACAUUUGUGUCCCCACUGCUAUAACAAGGUACGCGAUGAAACCCAACAAAUGCAAGAAAAAAUACAAGAACAAUUGGGCUUGAACCCCAUUGAACAAGAUGUUGUAGUUUUGUAUGAGGGUGAACGCGGAGAACAACCCUCGGAAAUGUUGAAUGGCAAACGUAUUGUGGAGAUGCCAAAGCCCCGUCCCAUAUGGUUUACCAAAAAUCUUUUGCAAAAGACCACACAACAACCAUCGAAUUCCAAAGAAGUUAAACCCAAUGAUUUGGCCUAAGGUCGCUGAAAUAUGUUUAAAUAAAAUUUUGUUAAAAAGUAUUGAAAA